AGCACAAAUGCCAUAGAAAUGUGCACACCAGACAGGUGACAUCAGAAUGGAUUGCUGAGGAAUUACUUGAAAAGUUGAGAAAGAAUCCAAACAUGACCAUAUCUCAGAUGGAAGAAGUGAUUUCUGAGAAGUAUGCAGUACAACCAACAAAAUGGAAGUUGUACAGGGGAAAAUGGAGAGCUCUUGAGAUUCUUAGAGGUUCAGUAGCAGAGCAUUAUGCUUCUCUGAGGAGUUACAUGGCAGAGCUGUUGAGGGUGGACAGAGAUGGAAGGUUUGAGUUUCUUCUUGGUGAAGAAACAACAUUCAGAGCUUUCUAUAUUGGAUUCAGUGCACUGAGAAAGG